UUUUUUUGCUUCCUGUCGGCUCCCGACGUCAAGGCGGACGCUUGCUAGCAGUCAGUCGGAUGCUAAAGCGAGCUCGCUGACUCGGAUCAAAACGCUCGACGCUGUUCAUUUGUCCUGUGUGGAAAAAAGUCUUCAGAGGCAGAAAAUGAAAUGACUUUCCUGGAAAUGUCCCACCUCUCCGCAAGCCCGUUUAGAACGUAGUGUAAAUGUUGAACGCCACAUGGACACGGAUAAGUCGGGCCACCCCGCCAAAAUGCCUCCCGGUUGGACCAGAGAGGUUCGGCAGCGACGGGCGGGGAAGACGGUGGGAAAACUGGACGUGUACAUCACCAGUCCCCACGGGAGGAGGUUCCGAUCCAGAGCUUCUCUGCGGGCGUACCUGGUGAAAAACGCUCAAGACGUCGACAUCAGUCGCUUCGAUUUUAAAGCGGCCGCUCUCGAGUGUCUCCCCGUUCGGGAAGAACGGACGAGAGGUGGACAGCAGCCGGACGUUGUGGAAGACGCGUCAAAACUACUGCAAGCGCCUACAAGUACACGUGAAAGUACAAGCUCCCCCCGUGAAGGCCUGCAUGCGGAGCGGAGGAACCUCGUCGAUCUGGACAGCAAAACAACUCCUGAACUUGCAAGUGUGGCGUGUGACGACGUCACAUCGGAUGAGGACCCUCGCAGGCUGGACCGGCUACGGGCGAGACGGAUUCCGGAUGCGGGCGAGGAUGAGUUGCACGUGGACGGCGAACCCGGUCGUCAACAGAAUGUCGUCCCCGAUGCCGAAGAAGACGAGUUGCCGUCUCAAAUCGCUGCUGGAAACCUCGCACCAGUAGCAAAUUCCAGACAUAAGUCCAAAUGUUCAGAGGACAAACGGAAAACAAGCCCUUAUUUUGGCAGGAAGCCCCUGGCAGACGGUCCCAGUCCACCUCGAAGAAAAGCCUUCAAGAAGUGGACCCCACCUCGGUCUCCUUUCAACCUGGUACAAGAAACCCUUUUCCAUGACACGUGGAAGCUGCUGGUGGCCACCAUUUUUCUUAACAAGACGAGCGGUAAGAUGGCCAUUCCGGUCCUUUGGAAGUUCUUCGAGCUGUACCCGUGCGCCGAAGCGGCCCGGCGAGCCGACGCCGAGGCCGUGUCCGAACUCCUCAAGCCGCUCGGCCUCUUUGAGCUCCGGGCCAAAAUCAUCAUCCGGUUCUCAGAUGAAUAUCUGAGCAAGCGCUGGCGUUACCCCAUCGAGUUGCACGGCAUCGGCAAGUACGGCAACGACUCCUAUCGGAUCUUCUGCGUGGAAGAGUGGAGGCGGGUGACGCCCGACGAUCACAUGUUGAACAAAUAUCACGCUUGGCUUUGGGAAAACCAGCAGACGCUCGGAAUCUGAAGGGAGAAUGGGAUGAACUGAUCGUGUGAAAAGCCCCCCCCCAUAAAUAUUCUGAUGUUUUAGCCCUACCGAGGCAUCCAGUAUUGAUGUAAUAAAAUGUUUCUCAUUUUUU